AUGGCGGGUCGAAUUCGUGUGCUGACCGUGGUCGCAGCCGUGGCGAUCGUGGUGAUUCUCUACUAUCUGGGUCGACCGCUGUACUGGGAGCUAGAGGCGCGACUGCAGGAGUACCGAGAGGGCUUCUCGGACGCGACUGCCGUGCAGGGAGGAGCUAUUCGGCCCGUCGGCAACGCGCGAGGUGCGGCACGGGAUUUCGAGCUUGCUGGGAUGUCCCACCUUUUGAACUCCCACCCCGUCUGUAGUAGUCUCACCUUCAGUCUUACCCCCUCUUUCCAACCCUCUCUAGUCACGCAUCCUUUUUCCUCUACCCCUCUCAACUCUCCUUUCCUGCUUAGCACCCUCUCUCUGCUCGUCCCCUUCACCUAUCCCAGGCUACAUCCAGCAACACUGCAGGGUCUGUCCAAGGAAGCGUCAAUCGCGCUCAUGGCUCUGGACGUCGUUGACCUUGACAAGCUGGAGGCAGCGGCACUGCAGGGUCUGCCCAAGGAAGCGUCAAUCGCGCUCAUGGCUCUUGACCUUGUUGACCCUGACAGUGCCCACCCUCUCUUGUCACACUUAUCCUCUAGUCCUACACUCACCCUCGCUCUCUCCUCUUCUCUCCUCUCCUCUCCUCUCCUCUCCAUUCCUCCCCUGUCCAUGCAUGCAGGACUAGAAGCAGCGGCACUGCAGGGUCUGCCCAAGGAAGCGUCAGUCGCGCUCAUGGCUCUUGACCUCGUUGACCCUGAUGCUGCCACGCCAGCCAACCCCGCUGCAGCUGAAAAAGCACCAGCAGGAUCAGCUGCAGCAGCAGAAUCAGCUGGAGCGACAGAAUCAGGAGAGGCAAGGGAGGCAGGAGUAGCAGACGACGAGGUAGGGGCAACAGAAGAGGUAGGAGACGACGAGGUAGGAGCAGCAGGGGCUGUCGGGGCUGCCGGGGCAGCAGGGGCAGGAGGGGCAGGGGGCAAGCAGGAAAGCUCAGGUACGGCAGGAACAUCCCUGGAUCUCCCAUCAGAUGCUCAAGCAGCAGCGGCUACUGGAGCCGCAGCUGCAGGAGCCGCCCCCUCAAAUUCACCCCCUGCAGGCGCAUCUGGGGCAGGUGGCACUGCAGGCGUAGGUGCAUCUGGCGAGGGGCAGUUUGCAACGGGCGUGCGCCCCAUCCUGCACGAGGGGAGGCCGCCCCUACUGCCCGCCCUGAAGCGGGAGAUCUGGGAGAAGCCUCCCCCAGGCAGCGCCGUCCCUGCCAGGGGCGAGUUCGCCCUUCGCAGGGAGAUGGUGGAGCACCGGCAGCGGGGCAACGUGGUGGUGGUGACGUUUGCUAACUUCGCGUUUCUCGACUUUGUGCUCAACUGGGUGCGGCACCUGACUGACUUGGGCGUAUACAACAUCCUUGUGGGUGAGUGA